AUGGUUGGUGUCAUGUGGAAGGUGAUUGUUUUGUUGGUCCUCUUGAUGGUCAUCCCUGGUGAUGGACUGUUUCGCUCCAUGUACCGCAGUGCCCAGGUUUCUGUGCCUCCUACGGGAAAUUCAGGAAGGCCGUUAUAUCUUACUCCUUAUAUUGAAUCUGAGAUGAUCAAGGAAGGGAAAAGAUUGAGUUUGGUCACUCCUUUUCAAGGAAUUAAAGUGAAGAGUUUCUCCGGCUACAUCACUGUGAAUAAGACUUACAACAGCAACCUCUUCUUCUGGUUUUUCCCAGCUCAGAUAGAGCCAAAUGAUGCUCCAGUUGUGCUUUGGCUUCAGGGAGGCCCAGGAGGUUCAUCCAUGUUUGGACUCUUUGUGGAGCAUGGACCUUAUCUUGUCACCAGGAACAUGACCGUUCGUGCCAGACACUUCUCUUGGACCACCACAUUUUCCAUGCUUUAUAUUGAUAAUCCAAGCCUAAUGGAGGUGCUGCUGCUGUUUAUCUCCAUGUUGGCUGGUGACCAGAACACUCUGAUUGUUCAGACAUAUCUUCCCACCAAUGCAACUUGCAUUGCUGCACUAACUCAGUUUUUCCAGUUGUUUCCUGAGUACAGAAACAAUGAUUUCUAUGCCACUGGAGAGUCCUAUGCAGGGAAAUACGUGCCAGCCAUUGCACACUAUAUUCACACCAGAAACUCUGAGAAGAAACUCAAGAUCAACCUGAAAGGAAUUGCUCUUGGCGAUGCGUAUUCUGAUCCUGAGUCGAUUAUAGGGGGCUAUGCAGAGUUCCUGUACCAAAUUGGCUUACUGGAUGAAAAGCAGAAGCAGUACUUCCAGCAGCGGUGCGAUGAGUGCAUAAAAUACAUCAAGGAGAAGAAGUGGCAAAAUGCCUUUGAAAUACUGGAUAAACUGCUAGAUGGAGACUUGACAAGUGACCCAUCUUUCUUUCAGAAUGCUACAGGAUGUGCUACUUACUAUAACCUUUUACAGUGCACGGAACCUGAGGACCAUGAGUACUUUGGGAAAUUUCUGUCUUUCCCACAAGUGAGAAGAGCCAUCCACGUGGGAAACAAGACCUUCAAUGAUGGCGCUACAGUGGAAAACUACCUGAGGGAAGAUACAAUGAAAUCAGUUAAACCUUGGCUCACUGAAAUCAUGAAUAACUAUAAGGUUCUGAUAUACAAUGGACAACUGGACAUCAUAGUAGGGGCCUCCCUCACAGAACGUUCCCUGAUGGCCAUGAACUGGAAAGGAUCCAAGAAAUACAAUAAUGUAGAAAGAAAAGUUUGGAAGAUCUUUCAAUCGGAUAAUGAAGUGGCUGGAUACGUUCGUGAAGUGGAUGACUUUUAUCAGGUGAUUGUUCGAGGCGGAGGACAUAUUUUGCCCUAUGACCAGCCUCUCAGAUCGUUCGACAUGAUCAAUCGAUUCAUCUAUGAAAGAGGAUGGGAACCUUAUAAUUGA